AUGGGACGUAAUCGUCAUAAAUGGUCUACUUACUUUAAAAUACUUGAUGAGCUGGCAAAUAAAAGCAAUAAGGCAGCUAUAUGCUGUGCUUGCUAUGAGGCUUUAGGUGAUGAGGCCAAAAAAAUAACUAACAAAGCAAAUUUAUGUUAUAAUCAUUUGAAAUCUUGUCCAUAUUUUGCAUUAAAAUAUGCCAAAGAAGAAUUAGAAGAAAUUUUGCAACUCGAUAAAGAAGCUACCCAAGAAUCUGAUUAUGAAUCUAAUGAGGAAGAAAAUUCUACAAAAAAAAUAAAAAACACAAUAAUGAAUGGAAUGUCAUUUAGAUGGAUAGAGGAUGAAGAUAUUGUAGCGGCCUUUAAACUUGCUAAUCCUGCUAUUCAAUUACCUUCACGUCGCAAAUUGAGUGGGUCUGUUCUAAAAAAAGAAGUCAAUAUUACAAAAGAGCAGCCUAAAAUCAUUUUAUUAGAACUUGAAGACUUCUUGGCAAAUAAUUCACCUUUUGAUGCAAUACCAUUCGAUCAAUUUAAUGGCAAAAUAAUUCAAGAACGUAAAUUAAAUGCUAUUAAAAAAUCAGCAAACCAAAUUCACCAUCCUAAUAUUAUACUACCUAUAUCUUCAGAUUCUGAAGAAAACGAUUUAUUUCAAGAAUCUGAUUCUGAAUAUUAUCAGGUAAGUAAUAAUAUUAAUAAUGAUAGUCAAUGGCAAGAAAUUAUCGAAAAUUGGUUGGCACUUUUAAGUGAUGAACAAUCUGAGGAAGAUUUAGAUGAAGUAGUUUACCCUGCGACUAGUCAUAAUGCUAAAUGGCCAUUAUUACAAAUUUUUCAAGAUAAUAUUGAACAACCCGCUUCUCAUAAUUUAUUUUAA